AUGGAUUCCACGGAAAACGAGGGCCGGUCCCAUGUAGAUGAGCCUUACAACCCAAAUGAAGAUAACGAAAUCACAUACCUCGUUAACGCAUCCAUAUACAAACAAUGGAGAUCCGAAUAUGUAGAUGAGAUUGAACUCUCGGUGUGGAACAUUGACAUGGUCAAGUUCGCAAUCUCAACGACGUUCAACAACUACGGGUCAAUUAAAACAGCAAUACAAAGAGGAGUGCCGGACAUCAUUAAGCAUUACAUAUGGAUAAAGGCAAAUGACGCAGAUAAAUUCUACAUCGAUAACCCAUCGUUUUACACGGACUCUUACACAUCCACCUUUGGAGAUAACGUGCCUACCGAAAUGGGAGACUACUGUCCAACCUUUAGCGGAGGAAUUUUUGGAUUUCAGGCGGACCUCAUUGAUUCACCCCUAGGAAUAGACCAGCUGCACCGCCAGUUUGAUAGGUCCCUGGAGUCACAGGUGUUCAACGAAUCUGACAACGAAUACAACUACUGGGUAAACCCGUACAAGGAGGCCUCGCCGAGCGCGAGGGAUAGCUCCUCAGUGAGCUUGAGCACAAAGAAAUCGUCGAGAGGGAUUCUGCACUUCUACUAUGGGUUAAUAAGAAGGUUCAGGCAGAAGCCCUCGUAUAGGAAAAGUGACUCGUCGAGCAGCUCAGACAUUAGCAAGGAUGAUUCUAAAGUCACCGUGAAUUCACAGUCGCGCAGGGAAAGUUCGUUUCUAGAUGUAUGUAAGCCUGACGAAAUGGAGAGCGCAAGUAGCAUAUACAGCAUCCAGGUCUCAGACUUCUCAAAAGGAAGUAAAACAGGAAUGGGAAACAAGGAUAGGCUUAUUGACUACAUACACUUGCUGAAUCACGAAAAUGCGAACAAGAGGAAGCUGAUGAAGUCAGCGCUGGCGAGAAUACGGAAGGGCUCGGAGGAGAAAAAGUCAUUCGUGAGGAACGUUGAAAAGACGAGGCAGAUGUCGGACACGUUUAUAUAUAACACGAAGUAUUCGUACUUCCCGCCGCCGCCAUCGCACCACUCGAAGCUGAUGCAGUCGAGCGUAGACGUAAACGCCUCCCGGAAUCCAGAUCACCCAUUCUACAAAAGAGUGUCGAUGAAGAAGAGUAAAUCGAAGGUGAUAGUGUGCUUCCCGUUCGUGUGCGGCUCAAAAAGGAAAAAUAAGUUGAAAUCGAAUGUGGAAAAGCAUAAAAGCGAACCGGUAGCAGAAGAAGGAAGGUACGAAGAAAGGAACAGCGAUGAUGGAGCAUAUUAUAGAGACGCAAACAGGGAGAGUUACAACAUGGAUAGUUACAGAGAGAGCGACUACAACAUGUACACGCCAGACACGUUCAGCGACUACGCGUCAGAGGAGGGCUACAGAAGGCACUCGGACUCAGCACAGCAGGGGUACACAUACAUGCCCUCAAUGCUUAAUCACCUGCCGGUGAUAAACACGAUCCCAGAGCACUCGGCGUCGAACAGCGUGGUGAUAUCGUACAGCAGAAGCUGCAGCAACGCAAGUAACGCCGAGGACGACAUGCCACCUUUCGAAACUCACAGCAACGUGGAGUCCGAAAGGAGAGAACAUGAGGCCACAGCGGCCUCAGAAAAAAUGGAAAUAGUGAGCGCACCGCCAAACGGGAGCGAAGCCCCGAGCCCAGUGAAAACGAUGGAGUUGGAUGUAGAGACCAUAGUCGACAGAAGCAACCUGUCGAAAAUAUACACGAAGGACAUGGAACUGAUAACAAAUCUCUCGAAAGGGUUCACGAAGCAGAUGACAAGCACGUCAAUAGACAGGUCGGUGUACAAGCUCACAGAUGUGACUGACUUUACCGUGCUUCUGACAGACCAAGGGGUUCUCGAGGUCAAGAGGAUCCUCUGGGUGUUAAAUUCGUAUUUUUCGACCAAGAUUGAGUUUCUACCAGUGAUACCGUCACUUUGUUGUUUGUUGCUAAUAUAUCUAUCGCCGAAUGCAGUGCUGUGUCUAUUGUACCGCUUCAUGAACAAGUGCGUAAGCAGUAGUAACCUGAACAUUGGAAUGCGCUUCUUCUUCGUGGACAGAAGAGGCUUCGUGACAUUCGUGACGUUCGUGAUCUCAGUGCUCGUCUCGCACCUGAAGAAGACGGUGGAGCACCUGAAGAACCUGAGGGUGGACGUGGCGGCCUGGGUGGCAAGGUCAAUACAGACGGGCUUCUCUCAAAUACUGCCCUUCGACUACAUAGUGAGGAUUUACGGGAACCUGCUCUUCGAGGGGGAGAUUGUGCUGUGCAGGUACUGCGUGGCGCUCAUCAAGUGCACGCGCGCGAAGCUGCUGGCGGCGACCAGCAAGGAGGCUGCCGAGGAGCUCCUCUACCACAUAGGGCUCGACGACAGCAUCCAGAUCGACAAGCUCACGAAGAUCGCCUACAGCCUCAGGAUAAAGAAGGUCGACAAGAAGAUCCACGAGGUGGACACGCCGACGCCGUACCUGAUGAACGUGAAGAUCAGGCACUUUUACAGGCCCCGCCUGUCGUCGAGCUCCUCAAUACUGAGUGAGACUCACUGGGAAGUGAUAUGGGCCAAGCUCAAUGCAAUAUAUCGCAUUCUGGAUCCACAAAACAUUUACGCAUCCUACACACAUGGAGCUACGAUGACCGGGCUUAUAAAACGAGUCACAGAGUGUAUUAAGGUGUCAUCGCCGGCACUGUUAUUCAUAAAAACUAAAAAAUUGGAAGUAUUUGGUGUAUUCAUUCCAAAUCUGUUACACUCUCCAAUUAAAGGCUUUUUCACUCCACAGGAAAUUGUACACCAGAUGAACUCGUUCAUUUUCACGUUCUCGCCCUUUAAGAGGCUCUAUGAGUUCACUGCCAAAAACGCUACUGGCGUUAAGUUUUCAACGGACAGCAUAAUAGUUGGUGCGAACGGGCCUGCAAUCAUCGUAGACAAGACUCUUUCCACGGGGUACACUACGAAGUGUGAGUCCUACGACUCGCCGCAGCUCGCGUCGUCCACCUACUUCGACGUAUACAUGAUAGAACUGUGGACUCUGUCCUGA